UGGUUUGUGCUGCCUUGUAUAACCCUGGCCUGAGCCAGAUUUUGCCCAGCAGUUCGGCAUCUUGUGGACAAGGGAUCAAGACACGGUUAAAUUAAAAUCAUCUUCACCCUCAAGGAUUCAAAGGCUUCGUGCAUCACAGAAGCACGGUUAAAUUAGCGAGGGCAUUGCUCGCCAGGUUUUGGUUCCUGUGAAACAAGUGAUCAAAACGCAUUUAAACCAGCCCGUCCGCAUGCGCAUCAAUCCAGACGCUUCGUGCAUAACUGGAAUACAAAACCAUGGCUCGACUAGUUCGUCAGGCAGCGUGCUGCCUAGCGGCUCUACAAUCUUUGGCAUGGGCCUUGUCUUUCGUUGAGACAAACCAACCCCGGUUAUCAUGUCGCACAAGCCUCAACACAGUGCAAGUGCAGGCUGAACUUGGUCCGCUGCUGCUGUGUUCCACGUCCAGCGUGUUUGGGCCCGACAGCCCCCUGUGGCCGAACGCGACGUCGCGCUACCAGGCGUACGAUUCCCCGCAGAUCAAGGUCGUCGUGCAGGUAGGAUGCGAGGAGGAUGUUGCCACCGUCGCUCGAUAUGCCAACGCUAUCAGCCUGCCUUUCUACACGGUCAACCGAGGUCACGGCAUGACAAGUACCCAGGGCCAGUUCCACGGAGUGGAGAUUGACAUGCAACUGCUGACCGGGAUCGAAAUCAAUGCCAAUGGCGAAUCCGCUCGUUUCCAAGGCGGCACGUUCACCCAGGAGGUGAUGGACGUGUUGUGGGAACAGGGCUAUGUAGCACCCACCGGAAGCUGCGGCUGCGUCGGAAUGGUCGGACUCGGUCUGGGUGGAGGCCACGGCCGUAUGCAGGGACGCUACGGGCUGGUCAGCGACAACUACCUCAGCCUGAACGUGGUCCUGGCGAACGGGACAGCGAUCACUGUUUCGGAAACCUCGCACCCCGACCUCUUCUGGGGGAUGAAAGGGGCCGGGCACAAUUUCGGCGUGGUCACCAGCUUCGAACUCCGCAUCUUCCCCCGUCAGGAGGAGACCUGGUACUACCGUACCUAUGUCUUUUCGCAGACGCAGCUCGAGCCGCUGUUCGAAGAAAUCAAUCGUCUGCAGGGGAACGGCACGCAGCCGGUCGACAUGGCGUGGCAAUUUGGAUUAUAUCAACUGAACCGCACGUUCAGCGAGACGGAGGCAAUCAUCUCUUGGUCCUUCGCGUACUCGGGCCCCGAAGCCGCGGCGCAGCCGUACCUGGCCCCCUUCGACGCGCUGCACCCGCUCAGCGUCGAAGACGGCAACGUCCCCGUCAACGAGAUCUCGAACGUGCAGCGAACCGGGUCGAACGAUCCGAUCUGCGCGCACGGCUACGAGAGGAUCAUCGCGACCGCGGGGCUGCAGGUGUACAACGUGACGACGCAGCGGGCGAUCUACGAGGUCUUCAACGAGAUUCUCCGCUCCCACCCCGCGUUCAAUACCUCCGUCGUGCUCAUGGAGGGCUACUCCCUCCAGGGCGUGUUGGCCGUCGACCCGGCCUCGUCGGCGUAUCCCCUCCGCGACGAUUAUCUGCUCAUGUGGGCCUCUGUCAGCUACCUACCCGACGAGUCGUUGGAUGAUACCGCGCUCGAGUGGGCGGGUUUGAUCCGCGACCUGUGGAACGAAGGUCAGCCGACCCGGCGGCCAACGACGUAUGUCAACUACGCCUUGGGGAUAGAGUCGCUGGAGUCGAUGUAUGGGUAUGAAAGCUGGCGGUUGGAGAGGCUGCGCGCGUUGAAGCGGGAGUAUGAUCCGGAGAAUCGGUUCGCGUACUUCAAUCCUAUUCCUGUUUAGAGGGUCUACAUCGUAUCUGGUGUGGCUGUACAAUCGUGUUGACAUGGAAGUAUGCAUAUAUCUCCAGGUCCCGGGCUUCACGGCAUGACACCUUGGCUUGGGAGUUUUGGCAAGACUGAUUGGGGGUUUUUCUGUUAUGUCUGGCUUCGCGCCGACUCGCAGAUUGGAGAAGGUCCGGCCUUAUCUGGGCUGGGCGAUAUAAUAUGUUGUCAUAGAAAACUAUUUUCUAUCCAUCCUACUCGUUAGCUGACGAGUAGAUCGGGCC